AUGACACCCACUGAGAGAUACAGAAGAGAGAAAUCAAGAUUUGAGCAGGCAUACCUACAAAGAAAGAAUCCGCCUGUGCCAAACGCUUUGAGAGACAGGCGUGCGAUGAGAAGAAAAGCACAAAUGAAAAGACUCCGAGUCUCGCUGUAUCAAGCGAUUAAGAAAAGAAUUGGCACGCAAAGAAAGAGAGCACAGUUGCAAGGGAGCCAUAAGUACGAGCGUUCUAUCCAAGAACGCAUGCACAAUUUGGCAUUCCAGCAAGUCGGAAACACAAACAAAGGCGAAUAUGACGCUGACGAAGCGUUGGUAGUCGCUGGUGUUAUCCAACAGAUACGUGAUGGUGUCAACGGUGGUAUCGAUGGGCAAGACGGAGUCUUGUUCAUUCAGCAAUACUAUCUGAAUAAAGGACUGAAGAUAUUCAAGGAGCAAGGUAAAGACGCGGCCAUGAAAGAACUUGACCAAUUGAUCAAGAGCAGUUGCUGGACACUGAUCAGUAUUGAGAAACUAAGACCAACCAAAAGAAACAAGGCCAUAGAUGCAAUGAUGCUACUGGCCGAAAAGAAUGAUGGCGUAACGAUCAAAGGACGCUGUGUAUUCAAAGGUAACAAGACCCGGGAUUGGUUGUCUUGUGAGGACACUGCAAGUCCCACAGCUUUGCAUGAAGCUAUUAUCUGCACGGGUGUAAUUGAUGCCCAUGAGUGGUGGAGCUAUGCAGGCUAUGUCCAAGAAACAGAAGCUAAACAGCCGCAGCAGUACACAUGCGGAACUAAUUGGAGUAGAUGA